GAAAAAAAGGCAUUAGCAAUACAGUAGAAUGUUUGUUGGUGACAGUAAUACUACAGUAGUAACAGUGUUGUGUUUGUCCAUUUCUGUAGGCUCUGAGGCAGGCGGGGGGCAGGCGUUGGAGCCUGUGAUGACACUGGAAGUGACGGUGGGGGAGGAGCACCUGAGCCUCGUGCUGAGUGACCUAGCUCAUGGGCGAAGGGCCAUCCGGGACAUCCAAAUUCGCCAUAAAGUUGCUGUUGGCCACCGUGCCCCUGGCCGAGAUGAUGGGCUACUCCAACCCACUGCGAACUCUGACUUCCAGCACCAGAAGGCCCUGCUCAACAAGAUGGCUGGUCUCGCCUGAUGGCAUCACAUCCUGUUCCUGAACUAAAGGAAGUGGCUGCCUGGCUGCAGGACCUGCGAUUGUUGUAUGGGAUUUGACAAAUCUCUGCAUCCAGUUCAAGUGUGGGAUGGCCAUGAGACUAGGAUUGGAUUAAUGGAUUUCCGUACCUAACUGAGAAAGGCCAACAUUCAGUGGUUAUGUUUCUGUGGUAUGAAUGGAUUUUUGGAAAAGUAGGCCAGCAGGAAUGUUCAUGUAAAUACUCCCGUGAGAGCGUUGGCUGUGCAAACAACAUAAAACAAAUCAGGUCAAGAACAUGUGAGCAUAG